AUGGCGCAGACCUUACAACUUUUCAAAACUCUGAACCCGGAUAAUUCGGGAUCUGACGCUAAAGCUGAACCCUUUUACCCAGCAAAAAAAUACGAAGAAGCGAUUAAAGAAGCCAUCACAUCCGAAUACGAUCCCGAAGUAGGAAAUCAAAUCAAUCAGAUGAGUUUAAUUAGCUCGAUUCGGGGUCGUUUCUAUGGCCUGUCUCGAUGUCGCUUGUACAAAUUGAUUCAACGUUCACCGAAGCUUCUCGUUCUGUAUUUCUGGUCUCAUUUGCUCGACGUUGUUAACGAGUCAGUUGCUGUCGAUCCUCAAACAGGAGUUCCCAUGUCCCCUUCUAAAGCAAAGCAUAACUCGGCCCAGUCCAAACAUAAGAUUAUUCCAGAGUUGGAAUGGAGCAGUUUGUAUUACGACAACGAGCAAGUCGUCGAUGAGCUGUGGAAUAUCAAGUACUCGGAAAACUACGCCGAUUCUCAGAAAACGACCGAGGAAAUUAUUGGAACCAUUGCCAAGUGUAACGUUUCAGGAAGCGUGUGGUCCGACUUGUUGGAAAAGAUCGGAAGUCAAAGAGGAAUCUCGCUGCUCUCCGCAAUUGUUGAAAGCCACUCUUCCAACGUUGUGAAUUUCGUUGAAAUAUUCCUACAACGAUUUGACGUAGCCAACCUGCCAGCACGCAUUCACAUACUGGUGGCUUCUAACGAAGGAUACUUUGCAGCCGAUAUAAUGCAAGUGCUGUUGAAUCAUGGAUUAGAUUCCAAGAACGCCGUCAGCAAAUUAGGAAUGACUCCAGUUCACUACGCGGCGCAAAAUGAGUCGAGUUCAGGGCCGAAAUUGAUGAAGAUUCUUCUUGAAAAUGGGGGAGAUCCAAACAGGCGUUCAACAAACCACGACAAGUCAACGCCCAUCCAAUUGGCAGCAUCCAAUCAAGGGGAAUACGCGGCCGAGAUUUUCAAGUUGCUGCUCGACAGGAGAUGCGCAUGCGAUGAGCUCAGUGCUGGCCAAUUCGAACCCAUUCAUUUCGCGACGAUGAACAGCGGCGAGUCUGCGCCGGAAUUGCUGGAUUUGCUCCUCAAGAAGCGAGGCGUCAGUGUCGUCAACAGGGUGACUGGAAUGUCGCUGGUUCACUUUACAAUGUUCAACAACGGCGACGGCGGACCGAUCAUCGCUAAAAAGUUGUUUGAAAAUGGCGCCAAACCCAACGCUCGCGACAAGAGGAAACAGACGCCACUUCACUUGGCCGCAAGAGACACCGUUGGCGAAAAGAAUCAAAUUGCAAUCAUGACGGUCUUUCUUCAAAACGGCGGAGACCCAAAUGCCGUUGACGAAUUGGGUCGAACGCCAGUCCAUUACGCAGCCGCCAACGAAGGAGAGUACGCGCUGGAAAAGCUCAAACUUUUAAAGGAUUACAGAGGCAAUUUGGCUGCCCGUGACAAAGGUGGACUGACUCCUGUUCAUUACACAAUUCUAAAUAAGGGAGCUUCCGGUGCGGAAAUGAGGCAACUAGUUGGAUACAAAAAAGGCACAAACAUUCCGCUGAACAAUUGCGGCGAGACGCUUCUUCAUCGACUAGUCAAUGGCAUUCACAAUCAAAUUCAUCUGGUUCAAACGGCACUUGAAAGUGGAGUGAAUCCAAACGUCAAGGACAUGUUAGGAUGUUCCCCCGUUCACGACGCCGUCACAGAAAUCGAAUCUAGUGUCGGAUUGGACAUUUUAAAACUUCUACUCCAAAAUGGAGGAGAUGCUAAUCUUCCUGACGAUAAAAACCAGCAAACGCCCGUCCACUAUGCGGCCUAUAGUCUCAAAAAAUGGGGACCUAAACAGAUGGAAAUUCUCCUGAGCAAUGGUGGAAAUGCCAACGCAAUCGGCAUAAUAGGGUACACUCCACUUCAUUUGGCCGCCAUGAAUAAGGGAAACUAUGCUCCCAAAUUGACCAGUCUUUUGCUUAAAUCCAAUGGGAAUGCUAAUGCUGUGGAUAAUUGCGGACGCUCACCUGUUCAUGUAGCCGUACUGAAUGAAAACGACGACACAAGAAACCAAAUUAUCAAAGAGUUACUUGAAAAUGGCGGAAAUGCAAAUGCUCGUGACAAGGAUGGAAGGACACCAUUAUACUACGCCAUUGCUGAAAGACCAACUAAUAGCUUGCUGAAAAAUGUUCUAAUCAAUUACGGAGGAAACAUGGCAGAAAGAGACAACCACGGCAUGACGCCAAACCGACUUUUAAUGACUAGAAUGAGAAGAUAAUCAAAUACAGCUUUCACUUUUAAACGAGUUCCAAAGUUGAACUUGGAAUUUUUGUUGAUUUUUUUUAGAAUAGUUUAAAGUUACUCAACAUUCGGCAAAUAUGGAAAACCAUGUUAUAAUUACUGUAUAUCAAAUUGUUAAGUGGUCUGUAGCAAUGGAUUGGACUUUCCUAAUUCCCGAGAGAAUACAAACAUUCAAACCGA